AAAGGCAACAACAAAGCCCCGACGCCGCCGCAAAAGAUACAUAUUUGGGCGGACAACUGCUGCCGAUAUCUUCACCAAUUGGUACCUUUUUUCCCUGAUCACCUGAUUCCAAUCAAACUUUUCUUGUCCGUUCUUGCUCUCGUCUUCAGUUCAUUUUCUCACAGCAUGUCCCUGCCAUCAGAGUCUCUUCUUCAACCUCAAAGCCCAUCCCAUCAGUGUAGUUUCAUGCUUGAAGAUCCUACAGAGCAUAUUAAAGUGGGUUCCUUCUACGAACUUGCUCAUUCCAAGCUUCCUCCUAAAUUCCCAGAUCAACUAAACUCAAUCCGGGUAGUCAUGGUGAACGAGAAGACUAGAAUGAGGGUGUCACUUAGAUUUCCAAGCAUCUACUCUCUCCGGGCCUACUUCCGUGAGACAAACUGUACUAAGCCGGAUGUAAAGAAGCUGCCGGCACUGGACGAGAAGUACAUUAUAGGAUCGGAGGUAGCAGCAGAAGCUCUUUAUCGGCGAAUUCCUCCUCAUGAAAUCACCGCGAAGAGAGAUUCGUGGCAUUUCUGGGCUGUUCCUUCGAUUGCUGCCGAGAAAGUUUCAAGCGCACCCUCUAAUUCUAAGCCUACAAGUACUGUUGUUUCGAAGAAGGGUUCUCUUUGGUCUGAGCUCAAGGGCACCGGGAUGCUCAAGUGGGGCCAGCGCCGGCAGGUCAGAUACUUGGCUCGGCAUGUCGAAGAUAAGCGUAAAAUGAUUUUUUCGACUAACGUUCCGGCCAAAGAAGAAGAAGAGGCAGGAGAAGAAGAAGAAGAAGAAGAGAACGCAGAAGAGGUCGCAAGUGACGAGGAUGAAGAAGAGAAAGCAAGUGAUGACGAGAAAGAAGAUGAUGUGAAGGCUGGUAAAUCACAGGACACCAAGACGAAUAGCAAGAGAAAGCAUCAUGGGUCCAUCUGCAACACCCAGAAUAAUAACAAAAGGCCAAAACGUGAAAAGAACAAUCAAAUUGUAGCUUGCAAGCAGAAGAAAAACAAAGUCCUCAAAAACUCCAUUGACAGAUGGUCAGCUGAGAGGUAUAAGUUAGCUGAGGUGAACAUGUUAAAGAUAAUGAAAGAGCAAGGUGCAGUGUUUGGGAAACCAAUUCUAAGGCCAGAAUUGAGAGCUCAGGCAAGGAAGCUAAUUGGGGAUACAGGUCUGCUGGACCAUUUACUGAAACAUAUGGCAGGGAAGGUGGCGCCAGGUGGUGAAGAGAGGUUUAGGAGGCGGCACAAUGCAGAAGGGGCAAUGGAGUAUUGGCUGGAGAAAGCUGAUUUGGUUGAUAUAAGAAGGGAGGCUGGGGUGCAAGAUCCUUAUUGGACUCCACCACCUGGGUGGAAGCCUGGUGAUCAUCCUUCUCAGGACCCUAUUUGUGCGAGGGAGAUCAGGGAUCUCAAGGAAGAGAUUGUUAAAUUGAAAAGGGACAUGGAGGAGCGGUUAUCCAAGAAGCAUGAGGAAGAACUAGUUAUUGUGACCCCGAUUCCUUCUGUUACUAGUCACAACAUGGAGAAUGAGAACUUAUUAACUCCACUGAAGGAAAUGUAUAUUGAUUUGGUGAAUAAGAAGGCUAAGAUUGAGGGACAAUUGAUGGAAAUUUCACAAUCCUUGUGUGGGAUGGAGGAACAAAUGGGGAAGCUAAAAACAGCCGUGGAGGAAGCAAACAGAACAGAAUCAUCUGAAAGACCAGCAUUAAUGGGAUUACCAGAAUCAACAUCACCAACAGGCACUCAGAGAGAAAGAAAAGAAGCGGUAAUGCAACAAAAGAAAGAAGCAACUGUAUCAAGGGAAUUAAGACAAGAGCAUAGUGUGGCAGGAAGCAAUAAAACCCCACCAACAGCAAAAUCACCAGCGCCAACAGAGGACAAAGCAGCAAAAAUAGAAAGGCUGAAGAGUGGGUUCCGGAUAUGCAAGCCCCAGGGGACUUUCCUGUGGCCAAACAUGGUGAUCUCAUCUCCUCAGGUCGUGGUCCAGCUUGAAGACCUCUUUGCUGUCCCCACACCUCCCUCUGUCUCUUCCACAUCAGCAACACAAUCCCACCUCCCUGCUCCUCCUUCUCAACACCAUGGUCCCAUCCCUACUUCCACUCUGAAGCCAUUAGCUGAAAAAAGACCUGUCACAGUUGCUCUAUCCACAGCUGUCACCAGACCAAUUCAUUCUCCUGGCAGCACUCAGUAUGAGAAUAGCAGCAUUAGUACUACAUCUGCUGCUAGCACUACUACUAGCACCAUAACCUCCCUGCUCAACCUCAAUGAGCCUCCUAGCAAUAUUCAAAAUGACAAUGGACUUAGUGGGUCACAGUCUCAUGUUCAGACCUCCAACUUUCCUGUCACCUACCAAAGACGAGGCCAUCAUGCUGUGACAGCCAUUGCUACCAUGCCAUGUUUGGAACCUGCAAAGAAAGAGAUGAACCAAUGGGAGGAAGGUAAUGAUGAACAAGAAAAGAAAAUGAUGAGGUACUGUGAACAGCAGCAACAGGGAUGCUGCUCCGCCUCUUCCACAUCUCCGUGCUUGUCAGUGGAAGUAGGAGCGUGGUUGGCUCUUGCUACUUCUAACCAGCCCUCGGAUAAUAAAUCUACAAGGGGUUAAAAAAGUACUAAUUACGGGAAAGUUCAUAUAUUUUGGUGUCAAUUACAGGAUCAUACAUUUGAGAUUCAAUUACAGAAUCAUACAUAUAUACUUUGAACUCCAGGAGGAUACACGCACCAGAGAUUACUUUUAUCUUUUUCCUAGAUGAGCCUUGAUACAUAUAUCUAUAUAUACACUUAAUGCAGGCUUGGUAGGAUUUAUGCCUGCUUUAUGGGGAUUAUGAUAUUCAUAUAUUUGUUAAAUAAUUAGUAAUGAUUUUGUUU